AUGGCUGAUGACGAAGAGCGCGUCAAGGCUGAGAAGCUAGCCGCCGCCAAGAAAAGGGUGGCCCAAUUGCAGAAACAAAAGAAGAAAGCCAACAAGAAGUCCGCCGGCGCAGAUGCUUCCAAGGACUCAGAAUCCCCCAAAGACUCGGCUACUCCUGCGGAGGAAACGCCCACACCGGAAGAGAAACAAGAUGAAGUCGCUGCCACCCCCGAACUCGCGGAGAAGAAGCCAGAGGAGGGAGAAGAAGAUAAUAAGGAGGAAGAGAAGUCCACUGAACCAGAGCGACCUACCGAAUGCGAGGAAUCCCCAACUGAACCUAUGCCCGAAGCCCCCACGGCCCUUCCGUCAGAAGUCGACUCUUCAAGACUAGACGCCCCACGUGCUCAUGGCCGCCAGCCGUCGCUAUCAAUUCAGUCGAAGAUGCGGUCGUCGUCAUUCCGCAAAACCUCCGUCUCCCAGGGCAGUGUUUCGCCUUCUCCGUCUACGAUGAGGUCGCCCUCGUUACCUCCCUUGAGUGCUGAUGGGGAUUCGAUUCAGGAGGUUUACCGGAAACAGUCCACGCAGAUUGGAGAGUUGGAGAAAGAUAAGAAGCGGCUUGAGAAGGAGCUCGAAGAGACUACUGGACGGUGGCGGAAGACCGAAGAGCAGCUGGAAGACCUGCAGGAAACGACUGCUGAUAUGGCGGAGUUGAAGGAUAAGUUGGAGAAGGCGGAGCAAAAGGUCACAGAGAUUGAUGCAUUGAAAGAGGAAAUUGCUUCUCUUCAGCGACAGAACUCACACCUCCAGUCAAAGUCUCAUCGCAACAAUGUACCUGAGUCUCCACCAUCCGACCUAGUACAACAACUAGAAUCCAUGUCUGCCACGAUCGAAGCGAUGGAGUUGGAAAUCUCCAACCUUCGUGCGCACGAGACCCAGAUCAAGGCAUUGGAGCAAAAAGUCUCCACAAGUGAAUCAACUCUUCAGGAGGCACAGCGCGAACUUGCCGAUACUAAGCAAGCUCUCACCCGGGCUUCUGAAAAGGCAGUCAAAGAAGGUGUCGAGAAGACAUCUACAGAGACCCUGAUCAAGAACCUGGAGCGAGAAAUUGAACAACUGAAGCAAGAAAAAACCGAAGCCGACAAGAAGAAUGAGACACUUGAGAAGAAACUUGAAGCACUUGGAAACCUCCACAGAGAAUCAGAGUCGCGGCACCAAACCCGCCUCCAAGAAGGCGAAAAGACCGAGAAAGAAGCAGCUGUUCUGAAAAAGAAACUAGCCAGCGUCGAAAACGAAAACCUCCGCUUAAAGGAAGAACAAGAGUCUCUCAAGCUUCGCCUCAAGGAGCAAGAAGAAUCUAGCAGCAAGCGCGACUCCAGCGGCGGCGCCGAUGACGAAGCCAUAGAUGAACUUGAGAAUGAAGGCCGUGCCCAUCUAGAGCGCCGCAUCCGCGAGCUCGAAGGCGAGAACUUUGAUCUCCGCCGCGGAGUUUGGAAGGAGAGAAGGCAAGAACUCGAAGCAGAGCAAUACGGCCUGACCCCUCCCAACGAGUCGGACGCCAAUGCUUUCGACGACGUCGAUUUGGUUGGCGGUGCUCCGGAACACGCUCGACGGCGCAGCAUCGCCCAACAACAGCAACAGCGCCAUUCCUCUUUCUCCACAGUUUUGUCAAGCGGUCUCGCUGCAUUUACUGGUGUUGCAAACAACCGCGGCCGUGCAUCCUCGAGUACCAGUAACCAGAAUCAAGCCUAUCCCCCCGCUACACGGGGAAGUCUGGAACUCCUUUCGGAAGAGAAUAUCGACGAUUUCGAUGAAGAUGCAUUCGCACGCGCGCAAGCUGAAGAAGAGGGGAAGAAGCGUGUGGAAUGGGCGAGGGAGAUCAAGUCAAAGCUCAAUGACUGGAAGGGGUGGCGGUUGGAUUUGGUGGAUAGUAGGGCUGGGGCUGAGGGAGCGGGUGUUGGGAUGGGCGAGAUAUUUGUCAUUUAG